UUAUUUUAUUAGUCGUUAACUUCAUAAAAUGGAAUAUCAUAAUAUGUGCGACAAUUUGUUUUGUUUAUUUUGCUAUUUGAGUGUAUUGGUAGUAUUUCAUUUUCAUCAGCUGAUUGUAUAUUUUGACAGUUCCAUCCAGAAUCUUUUCGCGUGAUGACCGGUGCGUUGGAUGUUAUCUAAUAUAUGAGCUAGUGUUGUGAAAUUCGCAUUUGAAUGCACGGAUCGACUGUAGUUAUGUUGUAACGAAAUAACCCUUCGUUUAACGAAAAACAAGUUAAGUUUAAAGUGCAGUGUGAAAUAAUGUCCCGUAUGCAGGAUGCGCUUGCCUUGCUACGGGCCCUCAAACUAAUAGCAGAAGCGUCAGCGAAAACCCAAAGUGACUAUGCUCGUCACCUAUGGGUCAACUCCAGCGUUCGUGAGCUGCUGGAGAGACAACUUCAACAGAGUGAAGAUACCGUGAAGAAAAUUCUGCAAAAUCCAAGCCAGGAACUGGAAAAAGCAGGAGGCCUACUGAAGGAGACCCUGGAGCGGACAGCAGUCGUUGCGGAAGGACUGAAACAGCUGACCGCUAUUUCGGUGUCGAAAGCAGGAGGUUUCCCAGGAGGAUCGCCCAACUUUAUGAACGAUAACGUUAGUCAACAGCAGCCUAAGAGAACCGAUGAUGGAACGUCGGACAUUGGAAAUCUGGAUAUAUCAAAAAUAACGUUGAAAGAACUGGAAGCUAUAUUAUCUGAACAUAAUAAAAAUCGUAAAAUCAACCUUACGUUCGAAGGCGAAAAACUUAAGCAAAAUGAAACCAAGAAGGAACUGGACUCAGUAGUGAACCUUACGUCAAACCCAAUCCAACCAAAGCCCUUAACGGCCGAUGAAAAGCAGGUUGAGAAAAUGAUGAACAUCGUGUCUUCUUACAAAUCUUUUCAAGUGCCUGAAAAACCACAUCCUCCAGCGGAAGCUGCACCCAUCGAUUUGCCUCAGUUAAGUGUAAUUGCCAAACAGCGCAAAGUUCCGUCAUCUCGGGUUGCUCGUCUAGCUUCUUUCGGAAGCCUUUUCGCCGGGUUAGGUUUCGGCACAGUAAACGAAUUAGCCAAAGGAGCUCUCGGUUUGGGCGGUACAUUGGAUCCCAAGGAAGCCCUUUUCAGUCCCAGUAAUGCGGAGAGAAUUGUGGACACGUUGUGCAAAGUACGCGGAGCAGCACUUAAGCUAGGUCAAAUUCUCAGCAUUCAGGAUUCGAAUAUUGUUUCGCCGCAACUGGUAAAAGCAUUCGAGCGGGUUCGUCAAGCUGCAGAUUAUAUGCCCGACUGGCAGGUUGAGCAACAAUUGGUCAGCGGCUUAGGUGCAAAUUGGAGAACAAAAUUAGCUAGUUUCGAUCCGAAACCAUUCGCAGCUGCUUCCAUCGGACAAGUGCAUCGUGGCGUGCUUCAUGACGGGACGGAGGUUGCUAUCAAAGUUCAAUACCCGGGAGUGGCGAAAAGCAUUGAAAGUGACAUUGAUAAUCUGGUAUCGAUGCUCAAAGUUUGGGAUGUCUUCCCAGCUGGGUUCUUCAUUGACAAUGUGGUGACGGUAGCAAAGCGGGAGUUGGCCUGGGAAGUGGACUACAACAGAGAAGCAGAGUACACUGAUCGGUUCGGGGAAAUGAUUCAUCACUUGCCGGAAUUUCGAGUACCCAAGGUGAUAAUGGAACUGACUUCGGCGAACAUACUUACCACGGAAUUAGUUCCCGGUUUGCCCAUGGACAAGUGUUUCAGUAUGAGCCAAGAACAUCGCAAUCACAUUGCACAUUCAGUGAUGAAGUUAUGUCUGAACGAGUUGUUCACUUACCGCUGUAUGCAGACGGAUCCAAACUGGUCGAAUUUCCUGUAUGAUAGUGAAACUAGGAAAAUAAUGUUAAUAGAUUUUGGUGCUACGCGGUUCUAUGCCAAGCCUUUCAUGGAUGAUUAUAUGCGGAUUAUUCAAGCCGCCACGAAAAAUGAUCGACAAAGUAUCCUGCAGCUGUCACGUAAAAUGGGUUUUCUUACCGGUUACGAAUCGGUAGCCAUGGAGAACGCUCACAUCGAUGCGGUGUUGAUUUUAGGCGAAGUGUUCAGCGUUGAUGGCGAGUUCGAAUUUGGACGGCAAAGCACAACGAAAAAGAUUGCUGCCCUUGUUCCGGUCAUGGUCGCGCACCGUUUAUGCCCUCCGCCAGAAGAAAUCUAUUCGCUGCACAGGAAAUUAUCGGGAGUGUUUCUCCUAUGCGCUAGAUUGAACGCCAAAAUAGACUGCAAACCACUGUUUGCUGAAGUUUCUAAAAAUUAUAAUUUCGGAUGAGUGGAUCUAAUAAAAGAUUUGUUUUCAGAAGCUGCGUUAAUCAAUA